CCCGACGCCUCCCGCAGCACACAGCGAACAAACAUGAAUGCGGUGAGUUCAGGGGCUCGGGAAGACUGGCUCUAAAGGCCCAUUCGGCCGUGCUUUCGUCUCCCCCAUUUCUGCAGGCGGCGGUGUUGCUGCAGCUGCUGUCCAUCAUCUCCUCACUGUUGCUCAUCGUAUAUGCCCUCGUCCUCUUCAUCCUUUCACAUGUACACUCAAUCGGGUAUGUAUGUACCGAUGACCGCAGACGGACAGACAGACACACGCACAAAGGGGGAAGAGAGACGUGCUUCUUUCUCCGUGUCUGCGUCUGUUGGUCAUCUCAAUUGAUUGACAGCGGGUGGGUGGUGGCGAUCUUCCUUAUUCUUUUUGGCGUUCUGCUCUUUGUCGCCGACCUCAAGUCGUUCCCCAUGUUCGGCUAUGUCCUCUUCGUAAGACACAUAGACACAGACAGACAGACAGGCAGGCAGGCAGACACACAGACAGACACGGAGCACAUACAGCCGCGGGUGUGCUUGUGUGUGUAGAUAUACACGUCUAUGGGUCGGGGACUGUUCCUGAUAUUCCUGGGGUGCCUCUGUCUGGGGGGCUGGGCAUUUUCAAUUGCCGUUGCGGUGAUACUUAUGGUCACAGGAGUGCUCUACAUGAUCGUCGGGAGCCUCCUGCUCAAAGGUGAGUCAGGCCCUCGGUUGAGUGGCAAAUGACGGGUACUAUGCACUUUUUGCUCACUGCAUGCAGGCUGUCCCAAGCCGCUGAUGCAACGAAAUGAGGGUGUGAUCCAGCUGGUAAUGACGAGAACAACCCCUUAGCCAAAGAAUGAAUGAUACAUACAGGUGAUGUGUUAUUUGGUACUGCUCGCUGCAGGAAUCCAACAUCAAUUUCGUGGCUGACUGAACUGCCUGCCCUCCUGCCUGCCUUGAUCAAAUGGAUCAGAGAAGGGAGACCAAAUCGGUCCCUCGACUCAUCUUUUUUCGCUCAUCUGCACUCGUACGCUGACUGACCUGGUCUGUCUGCAAAUGAAGUUCUGUUGAUCUGACUGAAAUGGCGUGCAGUGUGAUCGAAUCGCUUGGAAUGAGCAGACGCAGCAAAUUGACACAAACAAACACGAUAAGGUCAAUCACCC